GAAGGUCUGCUCAUCUCACCAGGGCGCUUGUGCUCGGAGAAGGGAAGUGAGUGAGUGAGAAGCUUAUCGUCAUCUUCCCAGAGCAGCAGCCGCCUUAGCCAAUGGCUUCCCAGCCGGACCCACUGGUCGCCGACGAGGCCCCGGAGACGGAGACUCCUCCCUCCGAAUCCCAACAAACCCCUCUACCCGCCCUCCCUUUCGCCGCUUCUUCCCUCUCUCUCUCUGCCGUCUCUCCUCUCUUCUCCUCCGCUCAGUCGCCGGCCACGGCCAAGAAGAAACGCACACACAAGCUCCCGGCGAAGCCCUCACCGUCUUUCUCCUGCCUCUCCCGCCUCUCUCUCUCCCCCGUCUCCGCCCCCCCUCCCAAGCUCACCUUCCUUAGGCCCACAUUCUCCCCGACCCCUCUCCUCGCCCCUCUACCCCUCGUCCCGCGCCGCCCUCACGACCCCAAUGGCGGCGCCGCCCUCCGACGCGCAUCCAUCGUGUGGUUCCGCAGCGACCUCCGGUUGAGCGACAACGAGUGCCUCAACGCCGCCAACGAUGAGUCCAUGUCGGUCCUGCCUGUCUACUGCUUCGACCCCCGUGACUAUGGGAGAUCCUCGUCUGGGUUUGACAAGACUGGGCCUUACCGUGCCAAGUUCCUGCUCGGCUGCGUUGCUAACCUCCGCGACAACCUGCGGGCCCGUGGGUCCGAUCUCAUCGUCAGAUUUGGGAGGCCGGAGGAGGUUCUUGUGGAAAUGGCCAAGGCAAUUGGAGCCGAUGCUCUGUAUGCUCACCGGGAGGUGUCCACCGAUGAGGUUGAGGCAGAGGAGAGGAUCGAGGCCGCGAUGAAGGAUGAAGGAGUUGAAGUGAAGUACUUCUGGGGAGGCUCGUUGUUCCAUGUCGAUGAUUUGCCAUUUAAAUUGGAGGACAUGCCCACAACUUAUUGUGGAUUUAGGGAUAAAGUCAAGGGGUUAGAGGUUAGGAAGACAAUUGAUGCCUUGGAUCAGUUGAAGGGGUUGCCAAAGAGAGGGGACGUGGAGCCUGGGGAGAUGCCUUCUUUGGUGGAUUUGGGAUUCAAUCCAAGUGCCACCAUGGCCCAGUCACAGAAUGGAAAGGCAGCUGCUUACAAUUCUUUGGUGGGUGGAGAAACUGAAGCAAUAGAAAGGCUCAAGAAGUACUCAUUAGAGAGCCAAGCUCACCAGAACAAGGGAUCCUCCAACAGCUUAUAUGGAGCGGACUUUUCCUGCAAGAUUUCACCAUGGCUGACAAGUGGCUGCAUCUCGCCACGUUCAAUUUUCCAUGAGCUGAAGAAAGCAGCUUCUGGGUUAUCGCCUGUGGCAUCUAAUCAAAACGGUGAAGAUAGCGGCUCAUCCUCUGGUGCUGGAACGAAUUGGUGGACUUACGAGUUGCUAUGGAGGGAUUUCUUCAGAUUCAUCACUCGGAAAUACAACUUGGCAAAGAUUGCACAACCUGAUACUGUUCCAGCCACGGCUUGCACUGGAGCUCUUGCCUGAGAUUGUCCUGAGGAGGUGAAAGUGAAAAACGAGAAUCUCCCAUCUUCAUGAUAUUUCAAGCCGUAGAUUUAGAUGUUCUGUUGUGAGAUAGGUAUGAGAAAGCUCUGGACAUAGUCGAUCUCUUGUUUUUUGCGGACAAGAAAAGUUGUCGAAACAAGGAAAUAAUUGCAUUCUCCUAUAUAGAUCGAAAAGGUAUUAUUGCCUUGAUUGCAUCAA